AUGGAUCUCUAUCGCGCCACAUUUGCAGGUUCUCUACUGCUGAACAGUCUGGUACUGUUUCGCUCGUAUUACACACGUACAAUCGAACCCUCAGAGGCCGCGAACCCUGAAAAGGUCGAACAUCGAGGCAGGGUCGAUUCGGAUAGAGAGAGUGUGCGAAAGCUGAAGUGGCGUUUCUAUCCCAUAUACCUCCUUGUAAACGGCGCAGACUGGCUUCAAGGCCCUUACAUCUAUCCCAUCUACAAAGAUGAGAAGGGACUCCCAGAGGAAACAGUCGCGUUUCUCUUUCUAAUUGGGUUCGUCUCAGCGGCCAUAUCCGCCUCGUUCGUAGGAUCAUUCGCAGACCGUUACGGCCGUCGCACAGCAUGCCUGGCUUAUUGCACAACCUACUCGCUCUCAUGUCUCACGCUUCUCACUGACGACAUUCUCAUGUUGUUCUUGGGUCGUGUCCUUGGCGGCGUGUCUGGCACAUUGCUCUAUAGUGUAUUCGAAAGCUGGCUGGUCGCGGAGUUCAAUCACUUGAUGCUAGAGGACGCUGGCUCCACCCUCAGUGGUAUCUUUAGCACGAUGACCACACUCAACAGCGUCGUCGCAAUCGCCGCAGGAAUUCUCGCCGGCUGGUUGGUCGACACAGUAGGAACCGCGAAAGCUCCCUUCCUUGCGUCCAUGGGCUGCUUGUCUGUGGCUUUUGUGGCCAUGACAAAAUUUUGGGGAGACAACUAUGGCGCUAGCCAUCGUGACUCGUCUGAAGCAGCGACACUUCUUCAACAAGAAGAAGCUGAGCCUGAACGCUCCACCGCUUCGAAGCUUAGGGUCAUCUUACGAGAUGUGAACGUCCUUGUGCUUGCCUUAGUUUCAUGCUUCUUCGAGGGUUCUAUGUUUUUAUUUAUCUUCUUCAAGUUCCCAGCUCUCAAACUAUCGCACAAGUUGUCAGGCGCGACAAACGAACUCCCCUUUGGUCUCAUCUUCGCCAUUCUUAUGUGCUCGAUGAUGUUUGGGUCCAUGCUCUACAAGAACAUCACGACAUCCAUUAACCCACUCCCUGCCAAACCUAUCCUCGCGGGCACACUGUUCCUCGCUUCCCUAUGUUUCUUCAUUCCUGGGCAUUUCCGCGAUGAGCGCAUCACGUUAUGGUGCUUCUGCAUCUUCGAGCUCUGCUGCGGUGUCUACUACCCCGUCAUGGCGUCUCUGCGGGGCAAGCUCAUUGAGGAUGGCUCGAGAGCCAGCGUGUACGGCAUGCUCCGCGUACCACUCAAUGUGUUUGUCGUGCUUGCGUUGAGCACGACAAAAGAAGGCGAAGCACAUCGCGAUACAGUCUUCACGACAUGCAGCGUACUUUUGAUGGUCGCUUCGAUAGUGUCAUAUCGAACCUUGGCUUAG